AUGUGGGUAAUUGUUGGAAUUUUUGUGGACAUAUGGUUGGAGUUGUGUGAUCGUUUUGCACAGGAGUCUAGAAGGGAUGAACUGCUGAGCUCCAUUGCAUACGGGCUCUGGCGGCUAUGGAAGUGCCAAAACAGUUUGGUAUUUGAAGGGAUUCCGAUUCACCCAGCUGAGGCUAUGGAGAUCAUGAUCAAGCAGCAAACUGAUUUUUUGCAGACUAGGGAGAAGGGAAAGGAGACGACACCCAUCCAAGGAGGUGGCGGAGAACAUCGAAGCAUGAGCACUCAACAAUGGUCCUGCCCUCUGAUGGAUUUUGUUAAAAUCAAUUGUGACGGGGCAUGGACGUCACAAACUUUGCGUGGUGGGUGGGGUUGGGUGAUACAUGAUGCAUCUGGGGUGUUUAAAGGGGCUAGGGGUGAAGGAGGUGUGUGA